CGGAAUAGUCGCGCAUUGACUGACUGGACUCUAAAGCCCCUUGGGGCAGGUGCUGUGUCCAGCAGUGUAUCUGGCGAUGCACCGAGUCCUUUCCACGGAGGGCAAGCAGGUGCAAUGGCACGGAGGUGGAAAGGGGCCUAGCGACAGAGCGCCUCGAGCUGGGCAGUCAGUCCUGGGGAAGCCCUGGUGGUCUCUCCUCGCCGGGUUCGGAACAGCAGGAUGGGAUCAGCGACCAUCGAGACGCAUCCGCCGAGCCGAGCCCUCCGAGCAUCCUAGAGAGGACACGGAAGCGGGUCUUUCCUUACGCACCUGUCUGACAGCGUCCGCAGCUCACUUCCGGUCCGCGGAGGGCAUUGGCGAUCUUAGACCGUGAUAGCCCUUUCAGGGCCGCGGCGGGUGAGAGCCCCCUCGGGGCCGCGGCGGGAUCUCCUUCCCCUGAUGCUUUGGACUUCCAAGUCUGUCUUCCCAGUCUAGGUCUUCCGCAUAAUCCACUUGGAGGUUGAGCGCACCAUCACAUCUAAGCCAUCAGCAAGUUUGUUGGUUUUAAUCUCCAAAAUACGUCUUGAUUUUGUCUGACUCUUUGCCACCACCCUGAUCUAAGCCCCUAUCAUCUGCUUGAAUCACUGGUCAUUGAUGCAGUCAUUCUCAGUCUCCUCGAAGGGAGUGUGAAGAUGCUUAAAGAGCAUCCAGAGAUGGCAGAAGCUCCUCAGCAGCAGUUGGGUAUUCCUGUGGUGAAACUGGAGAAAGAGUUGCCAUGGGGCAGAGGAAGGGAGGACCCUAGUCCAGAGACUUUUCGGCUGAGGUUUCGGCAGUUCCGCUACCAGGAGGCAGCUGGACCCCAGGAAGCUCUUAGGGAGCUCCAGGAGCUCUGUCGUCGGUGGCUGAGGCCCGAGUUGCACACCAAGGAGCAGAUCCUGGAGCUGCUGGUGCUGGAGCAGUUCCUCACUAUCCUGCCCCGCGAGUUCUACGCCUGGAUCCGGGAGCAUGGCCCAGAGAGUGGCAAGGCCCUGGCUGCCAUGGUGGAGGACCUGACAGAAAGAGCGCUGGAGGCCAAGGCGGUUCCAUGCCACGGGCAGGGAGAGCAGGAGGAAACAGCACUUUGCAGAGGCACUUGGGAGCCAGGCAUCCAGCUGGGGCCAGUGGAGGUCAAGCCUGAGUGGGGGAUGCCCCCUGGGGAAGGAGUUCAAGGUCCAGACCCAGGUACCGAGGAGCAGCUCAGUCAGGACCCUGGAGAUGAGACACGGGCCUUCCAGGAGCAAGCACUACCAGUUCUGCAGGCGGGUCCUGGCCUCCCCGCAAUGAAUCCCAGAGACCAAGAGAUGGCAGCCGGGUUCUUUACUGCUGGAUCGCAGGGGUUGGGGCCAUUUAAAGAUAUGGCCCUGGCCUUCCCUGAGGAGGAGUGGAGGCACGUGACCCCAGCCCAGAUAGACUGCUUUGGGGAGUAUGUGGAACCGCAGGACUGCAGGGUCUCUCCAGGCGGUGGGAGCAAGGAAAAGGAGGCAAAACCCCCACAGGAAGACCUGAAAGGGGCGCUGGUGGCACUGACGUCAGAGAGGUUUGGGGAAGCCUCUCUCCAGGGCCCUGGGCUCGGAAGGGCCUGUGAGCAGGAGCCUGGUGGCUCUGCAGGCGGUGCGCCCGGGCUUCCUCCUCCCCAGCACGGUGCCAUCCCCCUGCCUGACGAAGUCAAAACCCACAGCUCCUUCUGGAAGCCUUUCCAGUGCCCCGAGUGUGGGAAAGGAUUCAGUCGGAGCUCCAAUCUCGUCAGGCACCAGCGAACCCACGAAGAGGAGAAGUCUUAUGGCUGUGUGGAGUGUGGGAAGGGCUUUACCCUGAGAGAGUACCUGAUGAAGCACCAGAGAACCCACCUGGGAAAGAGGCCCUACGUGUGCAGCGAGUGCUGGAAAACCUUCAGCCAGAGACACCACCUGGAGGUGCACCAGCGCAGCCACACUGGGGAGAAGCCCUACAAGUGUGGGGACUGCUGGAAGAGCUUCAGCCGCAGGCAGCACCUGCAGGUGCACCGGAGGACACACACCGGGGAGAAGCCCUACACCUGCGAGUGUGGCAAGAGCUUCAGCAGGAAUGCCAACCUGGCGGUGCACCGGCGUGCCCACACUGGCGAGAAGCCAUAUGGGUGCCAGGUAUGUGGGAAGCGGUUCAGCAAAGGGGAGCGGCUGGUCCGACACCAGAGGAUCCACACAGGGGAGAAGCCCUACCACUGUCCUGCCUGCGGGCGAAGCUUCAACCAGAGGUCCAUCCUCAACCGGCACCAGAAGACCCAGCACCGCCAGGAGCCGCUGGUGCAGUGAGCAUAGCAGGUGGCAGGCAGCACCAUCAUUCAUCUUUCUCACUGCAGGGCCUUGCGGGGCGCAAGGUGAUGGCUGCAGGAAAGCACUGGUCCCAUUGCCUUCCCACCCAUUCGCAAACGUGGGAAAGGCAAGGCCUGGCUUACUUACAGCUUCCAGAGAGCAUAGCUGCUUCCAUCUCUUACCCAAGUGGUGCUAAACAAUUUUUCUUCCCAUGUUUGAGGGAAGCAGUCUCCUGCGAUUCAGUUCAGGCUGAGAUUUUCUCCUUCAGUGGACUGUCUGUGUCCCCCUGCCGAACGAGGCUGGGAGUAAAGGCAAAACCUUGACAUGUGUUGUAGCUGGGACCUCACCUUCCUGAGCUCUGUCUUGCCUGCAGGUUCAUUAGCUCAGACUCUUCCCCCACCCCCUCUCUUUUCCAUUGAACAGACAUUUAUUGAACAUCCUCUGAGCACCUGGCCGUGGGAAUGCAGUGGUGAAUGAGAGACUAGACCUGAUUCCCUUGGGGGUCGUGCGUUGGGGAUGCAUGCAACAGCCCAUGACCCAAGGCAUUCUCAGGGUAUCUGUGCUGUGUGCCCGUGAGAACAUCUUCCCGUGACCACUCCUGCCCUCCUGCCCUGUGCUGGAUCUUCCUGCCCCAGCUGGGAUCUGCUCCCAGGCAACUGUGUGAAUUUUACAUUAUUUGGAGCCUCAUCUGUGUCAGGCUAUAACAUUCUAUUCUCAUCUGUAAAACUGCCCCGUCCAUUAUUCCUUGCACUAUAACAACUGUCAACACACCAACUAUUAGGAAGUUACUAUUUUGCUAUUGAUCACUGAAUAAACAUCAGAGUAUUUUAAAAAACAGUUCUCUAGAAAGAACUGUUAUAAUUAAAAUGAGUCUGAAAGAUGAACUAGUAUUAAUGCCCUACAUUUGAUGGCACUUUAUAGUUCAUAAAAUUAAUUUCACCCUAUUCUCAUUCGACCCAUUUCCCAAGUAUUUAUUGAGGCUCUGUAACAUGUCAGGAACUCUUCGGGUGCUUGAGACACAUCCAUGAAUAAAAUAGGGGGAGAAGCUGUUGACCUCGUAGAGCUUACGUCUCAUGGAUGUACCUGAUCUUCAGAACCCGUGGAUAUUCCUGCCAAUCCUCUGGGCCUGUAUUCAUGGCUUUGUCAGCAUCUUGCCCUGAAAUGCAUUUGCCACCUACCUCUUGUUACUAAAUGGUCUCUGCCCUCUAGACCCUUGUCAUCCAAGGCACUAGGGGUCCUGGACACCCACUGGGGAUGAUGAGCUGGUAGCGACCUGUUUUGCAUGAGUGCCAAGUCAGGAAAAAUAAAGAUAUUUGUAGGCAUUAAAAAAUACACAUUUCUUUAAAAAUGAGAAGAUGCAAUAUUUGUAAACUGUUGAAGCUUCCUUAUUGUGCCAUCACUGAAGGGUUUCAUUUCUGUUUAAAGUUCUGGAAGCUGCAUAGCUAGCGUGGACUGACUGCUGUGUCAUUGUGCUGUGCCUUUGAACCCUGGCUGAGUGAGUGAGUGAGUCUGUCUUUUGUUGAUAGUGUACUAUAAUUGCAAAAUGUGGUUUGUCGUCUGAUGCCUCUUAAUACCAGAUUCUUUUGCUGAGAUUUUUUUUUUCAUUUUCCAUUGUAAAUAAGGUAAAUGGUAAUGACUAACACAAAGUUGUAUUACUCAGUCCACUUUGAAACGUGGUUUUAUCACCUGUUCUUGGCAGGCAGCAUGGUGUUUUAAUUUUGACUCAGCAAGUGACCCUCCUUGGUCUUCCUGGCUCAUUAGCUGUGCCCACGAGGCUGCACUGACCGGGUCGUAAAUGUAUCUGAGAUGUCCACACAGGGCUGCUGCUGCUCCUCUGUGAUACUGAGGUCCACGUGCAAAAUCUGCUUUUUUCCCCCCUCAAUUAUCAGAGCAGCUAGGCAGGGCUGACAGCCAGGCAGACUCAGUGGGAGGCUUCUGGCCUGAGCGUGGCCUUCCCCAGAGGGUGGUUUUCCAAAGGCAGGUGGGGACUGGGGAGGCCUCGGGGGGGCUGCUUGUCACUCAUCAUUCUGUUUACCUGAAUCACAGAUGCUCUUUUAUCAUACACAGCCAGCACUCCUCUGGGUUUCAGCAAGUUGGGAUAUCUUAAGCUUCAGUAGGAGCUGGGCCUUGCUGACUUUCCUAUCUGGCCUCUUCCCUGUCUCCUGUGGGGCCAAGAGCUUAGGACAGUGUCUCAGAAAAGCCUCUUAGUAGGGGGUUUUUCCCAUGGGAUUGUGGUAGUCUGAUUUUUCAUGUCUAUUCAGAUGUUAAGAAAUAUUUUGUUUUCUGUAUUUUUCUAUUCUUUAGAAAUUUUUUUAUAAUAGAUAAUUUCAAACCUAUAUAAAUGAAUCCUUAUGUAUUUAUCAUUUGACUUUAUUAUAAACUCAUAAUCAAUCUUGUUUCA